CAAUAUUCAAAUCCACGCGGCGGGUGGGGCAUCGGGAGCGCCAUGGCACCGUCGACGCAAGACAAUUGCGCGGCAGCGACAGCACAGCCUCAAUCAUCAGCACUGUCUUCUUCAUGGACGCUACAGUCACCGCGUGAGCCCAAUGUGUUCACGUUUGAGUUGGCACCAGUGUGCAUUGGCCGUAGCCGCGACUGCGAGGUGUCCCUGUUGUCUGAUGCCACUUCAUCCCGCGCAAUCAGCAAGAAACACGCGCGACUGUACCCGUGCUUCUUCGAAAACAACCAACAGGUGCGAUGGUUCCUCAAGGACCUCGACAGCAAGCACGGCACAAGCGUCAACGGCCAUGAUAUCCAGUCGGACGCGUCUGUACAAGUGUUUGACGGCGACACGAUCGAACUCGCACGGCACGUGCAGCAUCAUGUUAAAGACAGCUCUUCUCCUCCGUUUGCAUUCAAGUGUCGCCUCCAUGGCCCUGGCAAUGCAUUGCUCACGUUGGUCACAUCAUGCGUGUUGAAUCACCGGCCAUCAGCACAUGCUUGCAAGCCCUCCACACCGACCGCGGACAAGCGAAAAUAUCAAUCACCAAAUCCCCACCACAAGCAUUCGUCCUCGCAACAUGCGUCCUCGGACGGUGACUACGCGACGUUGAAGAAACGAUUCCGUACCCUCGAAGCAGAUCCAACCAACCGCGACGAGUCCCCCCUCAAAUGUCCCGUGUGCUUUGAGUACUUCGUUGACAGCUUGACGCUGACGUGUUCUCACACGUUUUGCGGCAAUUGUUUGCGUAGCUGGCUCCAACUCUCGCUGACGUGCCCCACGUGCCGUGUGGCAGUCACGGACUUUCCCGUGCGAACGCGGGCUCUGGACAAUUUGUGUGUGCAGUUAGUUGAUCCAACGGACACUGCGUGGAUUUCGCGGCAAGAAACAUGGAUUGCCAAUGCGACCAAGAUGAACAGACAGGCCCAAAAAAUUCGACACGCGUUCCUAGAGACGAAAGUCUUGCCGUGGCCGAGCGUGUGGACAACGUGGCACGAUUCGCGGGUCGGUGACGCCUUCUUGAGGACAGUGUCGUCGUCAGUGGGUUCGGUGCGAGAGGCGUGGUGCGAAGGCGUGAACCUGACGGAAGAAGCCAUCGAUCGCCAUGCGAAGGCGAAACUUGUCGUAGCGACGUCCAACUUGCAGCUCACGAACGAAACACCAUGCGGUGAUGCAGCGACCACCGAGAGUCUCCGCCACCGCCUUCGAAUGUUCCUUCGAUACGGAUGAGCAUGGCAUGCCUCACAGAGAUGAUUGAUAGAGCAGUGGCGGUUCCACCAUUGCUGUUAACAGUUUUCGUCUGCGAGUAGUUGCAUGUACUGACCGUAUAGUUGCGAAUCGUAACCUGUGCACUACCGACGUCCUCGAGGACCCAGCUUCACAUCGACCAUACUCCGCCCUGUCCUCGACGCAUCGUUGCUGGAGCAGCACUCCUGCUCGAAUGGCGGUUGCUGGCCGCAGACGUCACUCUUGAGCCCUUGACACUUGGUCAGGUUUGGGACAAGCGAAAAUGCCCGCAAGGACACCCAUGAAUCCGACGUCGACGACAGCAAUACGUCGAAGGGGUUCCUUGCGCAUUCCACUGCCACCGCAUCCCUUAUAUGGAGACACUCAGUCGAUGAAAUGGGCUUGGGUACGGGCUUUUCUUUUCCAUCGACAUCGUGUUGGGAUUCGUUACUGAUGAGGCAUAAAACCAUAAUUGUUUCAGGGUCGUCUGCAGCUGGGGCAUAUUGAUUCCUUAGGACCCUGUUCUGUGUCCCGCGACGAGUGCAUGUGCGACCCUGGUCAAGCUUGAGGAGCUGGUAUGCCGUCACAUCGUCGCAGGCACCCACCAGGCAGAUGCCGACGGUUGGCUGGCUACUUAGCCACCUUGCCAUGGCGCACCGUGCGCCGCACCUUGUAGCGAUGCGAAACGC